GGAGAGCUGGUUCUCUCUCCUGCUGCUCCAAAAACAACGCUUUUAUCACUUAAAAGCGCUUGUUUGCACUCUCUUCUAAACAAAUCUAACUAGCUGCCGUUUAAACUGGGAGUGCAAUGGAUGAUGGGAAGCCUGUGUGGGCACCCCACCCAACAGAUGGGUUCCAGCUGGGCAUGAUUGUAGACAUCGGUGCUGACUCACUCACUAUUGAACCUCUGAAUCAUCGAAGCAAGACAUUCCUGGCUCCUAUCAACCAAGUCUUCCCAGCUGAAGAUGAUGUCAACAAACAUGUAGAGGACAACUGUUCUCUUAUGUACUUAAAUGAAGCCACCCUUCUAAACAACAUACGGGUUCGUUACAGUAAAGACCUCAUCUAUAGUUUUGUGGCUAACAUUCUGAUUGCUGUAAACCCUUACUAUGACAUCCCCAAACUUUACUCCCCGGAGACCAUUAAGAGUUACCAGGGCCGCUCUUUAGGAACGCUUCCACCACAUGUUUAUGCAAUUGCUGACAAGGCCUAUCGAGAUAUGAAGGUGCUGAAGAUGAGUCAGUCCAUCAUUGUGUCUGGUGAAUCCGGUGCUGGAAAAACAGAAAACACAAAGUUUGUUCUCAGAUAUUUAACUAGUUCAUAUGGUACUGGUCAGGAUAUUGAUGAAAGAAUUGUAGAAGCUAACCCACUGCUCGAGGCAUUUGGAAACGCAAAGACUGUCCGGAACAACAACAGCAGUCGUUUUGGGAAAUUUGUGGAAAUCCAUUUUAAUGAAAAGAAUGCCGUGGUGGGUGGAUUUGUCUCACAUUAUCUGCUGGAGAAGUCUCGCAUCUGCAUGCAGAGCUCAGAUGAGCGCAAUUACCACAUAUUCUACAGGCUCUGUGCUGGUGCCUCUGAAGAUAUAAAGAACAUGCUGCACUUGAACUCACCAGAAAAUUUUCGGUAUCUAAAUCGGGGCUGCACCAGAUACUUUGCAAGCAAGGAUUCAGAUAAGCAGAUCAUGCAGAACCGGAUGAGCCCUGAGCAUGUAAAAGUUGGAGCUCUGAAAGACCCUCAAUUGGAUGAUGUUGGGGACUUUAAUAGGAUGUGCGUAGCCAUGAAAAGGAUCGGCUUGGAUGACACUGAGAAGCUCAAUCUCUUCAGAGUGGUGGCAGGAGUUCUGCAUCUGGGCAACAUAGACUUUGAAGAGAAUGGAAGCACCUCUGGUGGUUGCAUCCUGAAGAACCAAUCAAGUCAGACUUUGCAGUACUGUGCUGAGCUCCUAGGCCUGGACCAGGAUGAUCUGAGAGUCAGUCUUACCACCAGGGUAAUGCUCACCACUGCAGGGGGCACCAAAGGAACAGUCAUCAAGGUGCCACUGAAGGUGGAGCAGGCCAACAAUGCACGUGAUGCCCUGGCCAAGGCCAUUUACAGUCGUCUUUUUGAUCAUGUGGUUACACGCGUCAAUCGUUGCUUUCCCUUUAAGACCUCCUCAAACUUCAUCGGUGUACUGGACAUUGCUGGUUUUGAGUAUUUUGAGCACAACAGCUUUGAGCAGUUCUGUAUCAACUACUGCAAUGAAAAACUGCAACAGUUUUUUAAUGAGCGCAUACUGAAAGAGGAGCAAGAGCUGUAUCAGAAGGAAGGCUUGGGAGUGAAUGAAGUUCAUUAUGUUGAUAAUCAAGACUGCAUAGACCUGAUUGAGGCAAAGCUAGUGGGGAUUCUGGACAUUCUAGAUGAGGAAAACCGUCUGCCUCAGCCCAGCGACCAGCACUUUGCAGAGGCUGUUCACAGCAAGCACAAAGAUCAUUUCCGCCUGACGAUUCCGAGAAAGUCCAAGCUGGCAAUUCACCGGAACAUAAGAGACGACGAGGGAUUCAUUAUCAGGCAUUUUGCCGGAGCUGUGUGCUACGAGACGACCCGGUUUGUGGAGAAGAAUAAUGAUGCCCUUCACAUGUCCUUGGAGUGCCUUGUGUGUGAGUCAAAGGACAAAUUUGUUCGGGAUCUUUUUGAGAACAACUCUAAAGACUCAAAGCAAAAGGCUGGCAAACUCAGCUUCAUCAGCGUGGGAAACAAGUUUAAGACACAGUUAAUUCUUCUACUUGAAAAACUUCGCAGCACAGGAUCCAGCUUUAUCCGCUGUGUGAAACCCAAUCUAAAGAUGGUGAGCCACCAGUUUGAGGGAGCACAGAUUCUAUCCCAGCUGCAGUGUUCGGGAAUGGUUUCAGUACUUGAUCUAAUGCAGGGCGGGUUUCCUUCCCGAGCACCUUUCCACGAGCUCUAUAACAUGUACAAGCAAUACAUGCCCGAUAAGCUUUCCAGACUGGACCCUCGACUUUUCUGUAAAGCUCUGUUUAAAGCACUGGGACUUAACGAAAAUGAUUACAAAUUUGGACUGACCAAGGUGUUCUUCCGGCCUGGCAAGUUUGCAGAGUUUGAUCAGAUCAUGAGGUCUGACCCAGAGCACUUGGCAGAGCUGGUCCAGCGGGUGAACAAGUGGCUGGUUUGCAGUCGAUGGAAGAAGGUCCAGUGGUGCGGCCUGUCUGUCAUUAAAUUGAAAAACAAAAUCAUGUACAGGGCCAUCGCCUGCAUAAAGAUUCAGAAAACCAUCCGCAUGUGGUUGUGCAAGAAGAGACAUAAGCCUCGAAUUAACGGUCUGGUUAAGGUGCAAAAUCUAAAAAAAAGAAUGGAAAAGUUUAACGAAGCUGUAAAUGGGCUGAAGGAGGGCAAGCAAGAGAUGAGCAAGCAGAUUCAGGAGCUGGCCACCUCCAUCGACUUUCUUUUGACCAAGAUUAAGACCACCGUGAUGAGUCGCAAAGAAAUUGAACAGGAGUAUGAGGGCAUGUUGAAGCGUUUGGAACAGCUGCUGUCUUCCAUGCAGAAGAAAAAGCAGGAGGAGGAGGAGAUGGAGCGACUGAAACUAAUUCAGAAGGAUAUGGAAAAGGAGAGAAAAAGGCGUGAGGAAGAGGCACAACUACGUAAGCAAGAGGAAGAGGACCGUCGGACGAAAGCAAAUAUGGAGCAGAAGAGAAAGCAGGGGGAGGAGGAGAGAAAGAGGAGGGAAGAGGAGGAACGAAUCCUCCAGGCAGAGCUGGACAUUCAGCUUGCUCUGGAGCGGGAGGAGGAAACUCAAAGCCAAGCAAUGUUUGAGCAGGAGAAGAGAGACAGAGAGCUGGCCAUGAGGAUCGCUCAGAGUGAGUCUGAACUCAUCCAGGAUGAGUCCCAGAUGGACCUCAGUCUUCGCAGGGGGCCGCAAGUACAAGCCAGCAAAGCAGCCACAGGGGUGAAGAAGUAUGACCUAAGCAAGUGGAAAUAUGCUGAGCUGCGAGAUGCUAUAAACACUUCUUGUGAUAUCGAGCUACUUGCAGCAUGCAGAGAGGAAUUCCACCGCCGUCUAAAGGUCUACCAUGCAUGGAAAUCAAAGAACAAGAAGCGCAAUACUGAAGCUGAGCAGAGAGCUCCCAAAUCAGUCACGGACUAUGCUCAGCAGAACCCAGCUCCACCUGUUCCUGCCCGGCAGCAGGAGAUUGCAGUAAACCGGCAACAGCGCUACUUCCGCAUCCCCUUCAUCCGCCCUGCAGACCAGUAUAAAGACCCUCAGAAUAAGAAAAAGGGCUGGUGGUACGCUCAUUUUGAUGGACCCUGGAUCGCCAGGCAAAUGGAGCUGCACCCAGACAAGCAGCCCAUUCUUCUGGUAGCAGGUAAGGAUGACAUGGAGAUGUGUGAGCUGAGUCUGGAGGAGACCGGCCUGACACGGAAGCGUGGAGCCGAGAUUCUGCCACGUCAGUUUGAAGAGAUCUGGGAGCGCUGUGGGGGGAUCCAGUAUCUCAGAAACGCCAUUGAGAGCAAACAAGCCCGACCCACGUAUGCCACAGCCAUGCUUCAGAACAUGCUUAAAUGAAGGGGGAUUUGAGUUUGUGCAUCUGCCUGUCAGUCAAAACUGUCUGCAUUGAUAGGGUACUGUACUAGAUCCUACACAAAGGGACCAGGACCUCUCAGUCAUAAUGGGUAUCUAGAAAUUGCUCACAUCUUAAUGAGAGCUGGAUAAUGAUUUUUUAGUACUUUUAAAGUAAUUUUGACAAUUUAGUUACUUUGCUGUGGUAAUUUGCAUUUCAGUCCUCAUUUUAAAAAGCUUUCUUAUGCCUUCAUGUUUUAUUCAUUAUUAUAAAGGGUAUUCAGUAGGACACACAUUUAGAUCCUGUUCAUUUAUUUCAGAAAUUUACAUAAUUUCUCUGUGUCCUUCCAAAUUUCCCCAAAAGACUGUGUGUUAUAGAACAUUGUUUUGUGCCCUGUGUUGAAGUUAGUUAUAUUAAGUUUGGUAAUAUUUCAGUCUUUUAAAUAUGCUUUCACUACAUUCAUUUUGUACAUCAUUGUUAUAUCAAUACCACUCCUAAUACCACAAAUAGAACUGUGUUUCAUUUCAGAAACUUUUACAACUCAGCAAUUCUUGCGUUAUACAGCACCCAGCAAUUCUUCUGUUAUACAGUCAGUUGUUUUGGAAGCACUUCUUCACUUACAAAUAUUCCUUAUAGUAGGUGAAAAAAGAACAAAAAGAACUAAAAAACAAUAAAGAUUGCUAUAUCAGACCCUGUCCUGGUUGCCCACACUUACAUUCUGGACUUGUUUUAAGACUGAUUCUGUGAUCUGUGCAUACUUUCCAAAAUACAUUUGUACAAUAUGUGUCACAUUUCACCACUGUUUAUUGCUGGAAAUGUGAUCAUUCAAAAAGCCCCACAGAAGGUAUGCAAUUCAAUAAAUCCUGAGAACUGUAAGAAACAAACUUGUUUAUUUUGUUCUGCUCUCUGAAUAGUUGAAGAAUAAAAA